CCUCCCGAGCACAUGAUGUCAUGCGAUUGUUUCCGUCGCCCAGCCCUGCACGUAUUUUGUCCUCUCUCCCUCGCCAUACAAUGCUAGUAAGGCUUUCCUGACUACAUUGGACAGCUUUCCAUCUCGUCCAUCGUGCGAUCUGAUCAGCCGCCGAUGACGGCCCCCGGCCUGUGGGCUGAAUGACGGAGGGCCGCAGACAUGACUGAAGUCACUAUCGACAGCUCCAAGCUGCCCGGAGUCAAGGAAGUAUGUAAAGAUUUUGCGGUGCUGGAAGAUCACAGUCUUGCACAUUCCUUACAGGAACAGGAAAUUGAACAUCAUCUCGCGACAAAUGUAAAGAGGAACCGCUUGGUGAAACAUGACCUAAAAGUGGCCAAACAACUUCAGGAAGAAGAGGACCUAAGAGCACAAGCCCAGAUUAAACACCAUCAGGAUGAACUUGAACUUCUAGAUGGUGAAAUUGCUCAGGAAAUUCAAGAAAAGCUGGUGAUUGACGCAGAACGCAAGCGUUUGCAGGAGGAAAAGGAUAAGGAUAUUGCUCGAAUAUUGCAAGAAAGAGAAGAAAAAAGGAGAAAGAAAUAUCCCCCACGGAGCCCAGAAGAACAUUAUCAGCCUGACCAUGAAGGCCACCAUAGGGGUAGGCGUAAAGAACCUAUAUCUGAAUAUGAUAGAUCUCAUAGGCAUGAAAGGCGUGAGCCAAAUCGAAAGGAAAGGGGCACUCCUAAAUCUGAGCGGUCCACUCCUAAAUCUGAGCGGUCUUCCAACUAUGAUGAUGAUGAUAGAAAACGGGGACGAUCAGCUGAACCAAGAUCACUUCCCAGAGAUAACACUUACUUACCAAGUCAUGAAAAUCAUAUCAGUAAGACUUCUGCUAAAAAAGACAGACCUCAAAGGCCACCACCUCCUAGAACAAGUAAACGUGAGGAUCAUGAUGACGAGAAUGCAGAUGAACUGUAUCCUACUGAAAACCUGCCACGAAGGGUGAGAUCUCAAAGUCAUGACCUGGGCACUAAACAUUCUGAUAUUAGAGAACAUCAGGACAGUGCCCACAAAAGAGGUACUGGGGGUGACCACGAGUAUGAGAGGCGCAGGCGGAGAACACCUUCUCCACAAGAUGAAAGGCGAUACAGAGAAUCAGGUCAUCACUCAAAAGGUCACCGAGAGAGCCCUCAGACUAGAAACCGAGAUACACGGGAUUCUGAAAUUGCUAGGAGACUUCAGGAAGAAGAGAUAAGGGUGAAUACUGAAGAUUACAGAGCGGCACAAUUGGCUCAAGAUGAGGAACUGGCACGUUGGCUAAUGGAGAAAGAACAACAAUCAUAUAAGAAGUCUAAAGGAAGGGAAAAGACGUCAGACAGAAAGAGGCCAGAUGAGCGGGAGUUGAGUUCAUAUGAGCAUGGUAGACCGCGAUCAAGAGAUGAACAACACCGUUCCCGUAGUGAUAAACCAUACAGGCCGCUUCCUCCAGCACCUGAUGAAGAUCAUGGUGAGGAUUACCAAAACCUUAAUCCUCAUAGCUCCCCAAGAUCCGGCUCAAAGUCACAGUCCUCCCAUAAGGGCUCCCACUAUAGACAAUGAAAAUGGGUCCAUUUUGCCAUUGAUGCUCACAAGACUAAAGAAACCCCAUUACUGAUGCAUCAUGGCACGGAUUGUCUGGUCAGACCUGUGUCUACCCCACUCUUGACAAACACUGUGCAGCAUUAUAUGGCUUCAAGCAGCUAGCCACGCUUAUAUUGCAUAUGAAAGGACUACAUAGUAACUAGACUUUCAAAAGUGACUCUGUUGGGAAAUCCUUGCUGUUUGUAGUCUUGUUUGCCACAAAUAUUAGCUACUGUAAUUUGUACUAUUAAUGUGAACAAGCAAACCUACUGUGGCUGGCCUUUUAUAGAAGCUCUUACCAUACAAGCAAUGAAAACUCUCGUUCUGAUGCUUACAUUCUAUCAAGCCUUGCAGGGUCUCCGUUUACUUAGAAUUAAUCAGCCAGACUAAUGACAUCAAUUCUGGUUUGAAUCAAUGCUUGUGAGAAUAAGUUCUGUCAAUUAACUAGUAAUUAGUAGUAUCAUGGAGCCGGAAAGAAGA